AUGGCGCGAAUCACGAACGUCCGCUUCGAGCAUUACCACGCCCCAAACACCCUCGGGGUCGAGGAAAUCUGUCCAAGGAUUUCCUGGAACUAUGAGGAUAUUCUGACUGAUUUCGAACAAAUCGCAUACGAACUCGAAGUAUCCGAAGUAUCUGAGCCGUCCAAGCUGACUGUCAUCUCCACCACGAAGCUAUCCUCUUCCGCGUCGUACCUCGUUCCCUGGCCACAUUCAAGUCCGGCUCUUGUAUCGCGCCAAAGGGCCGCAGUCCGCGUAAGAGCAUGGGAUCAAGCUGAGAAUGCCACCGCCUGGAGUUGCCACACUUACCUAGAAGUCGGACUGCUGAGUCGCAACGACUGGCACUGCAAGCGUAUCGCGGCGCCCUGGGGUCCACAUGCAUCUCCCGGGCCUGAUACCGAGGAGCUCUACCGCAAGGAGUUCCAUCUCGAUAUCUCCACCUUGAGUUCCAUCAUAAAAGCCCGGCUAUACAUCACCGCGCAGGGAGUCUACGAAGCCGAGAUCAAUGGAAAGCGAGUCGGUGACCACUUCAUGGCGCCCGGAUGGACGGCAUACGACGGACGACUGCAGUACCAAACAUACAAUGUCGGAGGCAUGCUCGUGCCCGGCGCGAACUGUAUCGGUGUACGUGUUGCGGAAGGCUGGUUCUGCGGACGGAUUGGAUUCGAGGGCGGCCAUCGCAAUAUCUGGGGUGAGCACACGGCAUUGCUGGUGCAGAUGGAGAUCACGCUUGAUUCUGGGGAGGUGCUGAUGGUGCUCUCGGAUGGGUCGUGGAAGGUUGCGAAGGGGCCAAUUCGGCUAGCUGAGAUCUAUGAUGGGGAGAAGUAUGAUGCGCGGAAAGAAAUCCCGGGCUGGUCGUCUUCUGCGGAAAUAGACAACGAUGAUGCUCUGUGGGAGCCAGUGCUUGAGAUCCUGGAUCUUUCCGACUCGGUGACACUGACCGCGGGCUUUGGAGAGCCAGUCCGCCACAUUGAAGCGAUCAAGCCAGUUUCCAAGAUUAUUACGCCGUCUGGCAAAGUCGUUCUGGACUUUGGGCAAAACCUAGUCGGGCAUGUGCACUUGAGCAACAUCAAUGGGAUGCCCGGUGACAAAAUUACUCUUUCGCACGCAGAAGUGCUGGAACACGGCGAGCUCUGUACAAGGCCACUUCGGAUCUGUAAAGCAAUUGACAAGUACAUCCUCAGAGGCACGUUGGAUGAGGAAUAUGCACCUCGGUUUACCUUCCACGGGUUUCGCUACGCUCAAGUAGACGGCUGGACCGGUGACAGCGACAGCCUAUUCAAUUCUACAAGAGCAAUCGUCUGCCACAGCGACAUGAGGCCCGCUGGUGAAUUCAGCUGCUCGCAUCCCUUGGUCAACAAGCUAUAUUCAAAUAUCGUUUGGAGUAUGCGCGGGAACUUCCUCUCCGUACCCACCGACUGUCCGCAGCGCGACGAGCGACUAGGUUGGUCCGGCGAUCUAGCCCUCUUUGCGCCGACGGCGGUGUUGUUGUAUGACUGCUUCAACUUCCUCAAGAACUGGCUCAUCGACCUUGAGCAUGACCAGAUCGUGCUCGGCGGCGUGCCCGCUAUGGUCACGCCCAAUGCCACGCUUCCUGACCCUGUAUGGUGCCGACGCGUUCCGUGCGCAAUCUGGCAUGAUGUUACGAUUCUCGCGCCGUGGGCUUUGUACGAGGAGACAGGGGACGAGAGUAUCCUUGCCCAGCAGUAUCAUAGCAUGGUGACGUGGAUGAGCAAGGUCCCAAGGAAUAGCAGCGGGGCGACGAGUCUGUGGGAAACCAGCGUGUUCAAUCUCGGUGACUGGCUCGACCCCUCUGCACCCCCCUCAGCACCCUGGAAAGGCUCCACAGAUGCCCGCCUCGUCGCCAACGCCUUCCUCAUCCACAGCCUCUCUCUCAUGAUUAAAAUCAGCCAUAUCCUGGACCAACCAACCGAUACCACGCACUUCAGCACCUGGCACGCCUCCGCCAUCUCUGAGUUCCGCAACGAAUACAUUACACCCACCGGCCGGCUAGUGAGCGACUCCCAAACAGCGUACGCUCUAGCAAUCGUCUUCAACCUUCUCAAACUCUCCCAAAUCCCGCACGCCGCAGAUCGACUCGUCUACCUCGUCCGCAAGAACUCGUUCUGUAUCGGCACGGGCUUCGCAGGGACACCAUAUAUCUGCGAAGCACUGGCGCAGACCGGACAUCUGAACGUCGCAUACGGCAUGCUCCUAAAUGAAAAGUGUCCGUCAUGGCUGUACCCGGUCACCAUGGGCGCGACAACGGUCUGGGAGCGCUGGGAUAGCAUGCUCCCCGAUGGAAGUAUUAAUGAAGGUGAGAUGACGAGCUUCAACCACUAUGCUUUUGGGGCCAUAGCGCGUUUCCUGUAUGAGCGGGUUGCGGGGUUGAGGAGGGUUGAGGCGGGUUGGAAACGAUUCGGCGUUUCGCCGGGGGUUAUUGGGGGUUUGCCGUUUUCCGAGGCGACGGCUGAGCAUGUGUGUCCGUUUGGAACUGUGAGGUGUAGGUGGGUUGCUGAGGAAGUUGAGGUUGAAGACACGGAUGGAGAGGAUAAGUAUAGGAUCAAGUUGCAGGUUUCCGUACCCUAUGGCACGACUUGCGAGGUUUUUAUCCCUGACGGCGGUGGGGUAAGGAAAGAGCUUGUUGGACCUGGCGAGCGGAGCUUUGAGUCAUUGUUUGUUGAUGAUGGUUCAUGGCCUGUUGAGGCCUUGCCGCCGAAGUCAUAA